AUGGAAACCUCCAAUUGGGCGAUGCAAAAUGGAUUGAGUGAGGAGUCGGAGGAUAAAGCCAAAGACGCACUUAUAUUAUCAAUCACCUUCACAUCGCUGGCGGUGUUUUUUGUAUCCGCUCGUCUUUACACACGGGGAUUUUUGGUGAAAAAGAUCGGUUCUGACGAUUGGACGUGCUUAGUGUCUUUGAUUCUCUCCCUGGGAUUCAUGGGAUUGUUCAUUGGCGGAAGGAAACACUCACGAUCAGCAGAAUGGAAAUCCGGACUUGGUGGUAAUAGGAGUGAAAUCACAUUUGAAACGUUCAGACAACAGGUGAUCCUCCUUUGGGCAUCCAUCCCUAUCUAUAACGCUAGCCUCUUUUGCACCAAAGCAUCCAUCACCUUACAGUACCACCGAAUAUUCCCAGGGAGUCGGAUACGUAUAGCCUGCUCUGGUGCUCUAUUUUUCUUAAUAAUAUACGGCUUGUGGGUGGUUGUAGGGUCAUUUCUCACAUGCGUUCCAGUAAGAAGAUUCUGGGAUGACACGGUAGAAGGUAACUGCUUGAAUAGGGAUGCAUUCUGGCUAUCCACGGCGAUCGUGCACAUCGUUACAGAUGUCGUCCUGCUUGCGAUGCCCAUGCCGAUUCUCAUCAGGCUAAAUAUUCCUAAAAGGCAGAGAAUCGCUCUCGUGCUAGUUUUCGCUCUAGGAGGAUUGUAUAUUCCCCUUCAAUCGGUUUCCAACAAUCCCCACCAAAUUAUGUUCCUUGCUCAGAAAGUUAAUUCAGUUCUCGUUAUCAGUGUUUGCAUCACAAGUGGUCUUCGUCUUGAGAGCCUUCGUCAACUUGCGAGAUCAGAUGACCUAGUAGAACAUAAUGCGGCAGCGGCCUCCUGGUCAGCUGUUGAAUGUAAUGUCGCAAUAAUAUGUUGUUCUCUUCCGACCUUACGGCCGCUGGUAACUCGUAUAUUCCCACUCAUAUUUCCAAAGACCGGCUAUGGUUAUGGUCGCAACUCUAAAAAAAUCCCUUGUCUACCAAGGUGGUUUGCGUCUCACGAGUCUCAAGAAAGAAUCGACCAGGAAUAUGCCAUGGAGUUUUACAGAAACUGUUCAGCGAUGAAGGAGGAAAGCAUUCACGCAGGGAUAUGGGUGGGGUUGCGGCAACCGAAUCGAUUUCGCAGGAAGCAAAAUCUGCAAGUGAUAUAG